CGCCGUCGCGGUCGCAUCUUCCGGCCACGGACGCGGCCGACUCGAUGGCCGAUCGAAACGCGGGCCCGGACGCACCCCGGACACGUUCGACGUUGGACCUCGAGACGCGGACGCGAAGUUGGACCUCCGGAUUCCGGAAUUAGGGGUUCGCGGUGCCGACAUGAAGUGGUGCACGCUGGUGUUGUUGGUGGCCGGAGCCACGUGGGCGGACAAUGCGCUGACCUAUGGCGAGACGCCCUCAAAGUCGCCCUCCAAAUGUAGCGAUCUCAAAUCCCAAGAGUCCUUGGACUUCGACAAGAUAAUGGGCAAAUGGUACGUCGUGGAGAUUUUGGAGCAUAAGAUCGAGCCGACCAAGCCGAUGAACGGCGCCCGGGUGGUGAUCGAUACGUGUCCGAUCGUCAAGCUGAGCCCGACCGAGUUCUCCCUCCUGAGGUUGCUCUGGACCGAGGACUCCGGAGACAUCGAGUACACCUUCCGGGUGCCGGAUUCUCACGGGCGGCCCGGCCUCUGGAUCUCCACGGCUCUGCAGAACGGGACCCUGACGGAGAAGCGCUACAAUCAGUUCAGCGGAAGCGUCCACGUGAUGAAGGCCGUCGCCUCGCACAUGGUGCUGACGUUCUGCUCCCGCAACCCCGAGAGCCAGCUCUACUCGGUCCUCCUGUCGCGGGAGCACGUCCUGGAGAAGAGCAACCUGCGGGGGGUGCACAACCUGCUGUCCCGGCGCAGCCUGAACAUCGCCGGCAUCCGCGAGACCUGCGCCAACGGGGAGGGCCGCGUCGACGGGGCGUCCCGACUCGUCUGGGCGGUCCUGGUGCUGCUGGCCUCCACGAGCCUCCCCUUCUAGCGAGGGACGAGUCCCGGAGUGUUUGCUUAUCGCGCGAGGCCGCCUGUAAAGCGAUCCAGAGGAAUAAAGCGGGGCCGAGGACUCUCGUUUAGCCCC